AUGCAGUUGGGUACAUUGGUUGUUUCACGAUGCACAACAGACCUGGUACUUAAAAUCCUCUUUAUUGCAUUUCUCUUCGGUACUUGCGUGAUAAAUUACACUUCGUUCUAUGUCAACAUCGAUGCGGUAAAGUCUUUGAUCGAGCAAAUUCGACGUAACUAUGACGAAUUAAAAGAUGAGGGCGAGAUCGCUAUCAUGAACAAGUACGGAAACAGAACAAAAUACCGCACUUCUCUGUCCAUGGUUCUCCUCAUUUGUUCCCUAUAUAUUUUCUUUCUAUCGCAAUUUUGGCCAUGCAUUCUCGACAUAAUUCAGCCUGCGAACAAGACCCGGCCGAUCAAUAUCCUGCGAAUUAUAAACGAGUAUUGCCUCGAUAAAGAGAGAUACUUGUACUUAAUCCUGCUGCAUACGAAUGCGGCUUUUUGCAUAGCUGGCCUCACGAUGCUUAGCACUGGAACGAUGUUGCUAGCAUACGGUCAAUAUAUUUGUGGGAUGUUCAGGAUUGCUAGCUAUCGCAUGCAGCAUGCAAUAAGGCCAAAUAUGAUGCAACCUAUCAACUUACAGGAAAAGAAUCCGACCUACGAAAGGAUUAUUUACGCAAUAGAUAUUCAUCGCAAAACUUUGCAGUUCUCCGAAACAUUAAUGUCCACGUUCGCCUUAUGGUUCUUCUUGCUGAUAGGCGCCGGUGUGAUUUCUAUGAGUCUCAAUUUAAUGCAAAUCUUUUUGACAUUGACGUCUGGACAUAACGUCGUAGAAUUGACAAUACAAGUUAUCCUCUUGUUCAUUCAAUAUUUUUAUAUGUUUAUGGCCAAUUAUGUCGCUCAAGAAGUCGCGGAUCACAAUAAUCACGUGUUCACCACUGUAUACAAUAUACAAUGGUACGUGACUCCUUUGCAUGUGCAGAAAAUGAUAUUGUUUAUGCUGCAGAGAGGAACUAAGCCCUAUCAUUUGCAGCUAGGCUCCAUCUUCGUAGGUUCUUCAGAAGGCUUCACAUCGUUAGUGAGCGCCACGAUAUCUUACUUCACUGUUAUUUAUUCAAUACAGUGAUAAUAUCUACCAACAACGCACUUCGUUAGCAACUGAGUAGAGCGAAGAAUUAUUAAAAUAAUUAAAUUCG